UUCUGCUGUUUAGCUGACCCUAGGUUAUCGAAGAUCGAUUUUUGUGGGUGUCAAGAUUUUAUAUUGUCAUUAACGUACUAUUUAACAAAGUUUUAAUACGAUAAUUCUUCAAUCAAAACACGACAAGCUUGUAAUCUGACGUAGCAGUCGACUUAUUGUCAUUUAAAUUCUAAUUAUUUUUAAAGUCAAAGUUUAUUUGAGUUGAGAAAUACAGCUUGGAAUGAAACUGAAGUUAACUUUAGAAAACGUUAAUGUUAGAAAUUUAAAUUUAAAAGAAAUUUGUCGUUUUUGUUUGUCUAAUAAAGGAAUAUUAUUAUCAAUAUUUGGUUCUGGCGAAGGUGACCAUCUAGGCUUAUAUGAGCUUCCAAGUCAAAUAAAAUCCAUUCUCUCAAUAGAGAUAGAAAAAGAAGAUGGAUUGCCAUCCUUAAUUUGCCAUAGCUGUUUAUUCAAUGUGGAACGGAGUCUUAACUUUAAAAAUCAAUGUGAACAAGCCGAUUCAAUGUUGAGGAGCUUCAUAAGAGAGAGAGAAUGCGAGGAAAAUCAAAUAAACGAAAUAAAACACACAUCAUGUCAAGCAGAAGUUUUAAAAGAUAAUCUUGAUUAUCAUACACAACCUUCAGAUCUAGUCAAAGAGACUGAAGAGAAACAUGAGAAUACAGGUGAUUUAAAUGAUAGUGAUAAUGUUGAAGUGGACGAAAACAAUCUUAACAAAACUGAAGAAAAUGAAGAACAAGUUAAUACUGAAGUCAACGCAACGCCAAAACCAGAAGCAGCUUUUGAAGUUGAAGAAGGUAUGAAUGAUGUGGAGGAGGGUAUGUUUGGUAGUGAACCAUUCAGUCUGGACCUCUGUAGUGUUCGCCUGCAGUCGGAGUGUCAAGACGAUCAGGAUGCAGAUAUGGUUCUGUACCCUUCCACUCAGUUCACUGAUGAGGAUCAGUGGUCUGACUCUGCCUCAGACAUAAGUGAAGAGUCAGUGGAUCCAGCACUCAAUCAGUGGAGCCACGGUGGAACUGGAGUCAACAGCUGCCACUGUUCAGCAUGCAACAAAGCAUUUGCCACGAUUGCCGACUUGCAACGACACCAACUCAUACACAGACAGGAGCCUCCUUACCCAUGUGACUACUGUGAUCAAGAAUUUGAAGAAAAAACUCUUUUGAAAGCUCACUGGAGAAUACACGCCAAAAACAAGCCUCAUAUGUGUCUCACUUGUGGAGAAGCAUAUCUGGAACGUACAGAUCUGGUCAAACACUUUGCUGUUCAUGAUGUGAUAAAGCCUUAUCAUUGCCCUGGCUGCGGUAAAGCAUUUGCCUAUAAAUCUGAUCUUAGGAAACACGCCAUCAUUCACACUGGUGCUCGGCCAUUCAAAUGUCCAGUAUGCAGCAAGACUUUCACUAGAAGUACAAACUUGAACAAACACGCAAGAGUACACUCGGGAAGACGGCCGUAUCCGUGUGAACACUGUGACAAGAUGUUCUCGUCCCGAGGAGAUCUGGUGCGUCACGCUGUCAUACAUACAGGGGAAAAGCCUUAUGCCUGCCUCAUUUGCUCCCUGGCCUUCAACCGUAAGGACAAGCUGUCUCGCCAUGAACGAGUCCACAUGACAGAUCGGCCUUUUGUCUGCCCUGAGUGUCCCACGUCCUUUCACCGCAAGGAAGAACUAACCAAGCACAGCAGGUUUCACCACUUCAAACCGGAUCCAGAAUAUUUUAAAUCAACAGAGUAAGAAGAAACUCAUCCCUAUCACUGAAGGUACAUUAUUAAAACAGAAUCUCUAGUCAUCAAGUAUUAGUUAUAAUUUUCCUGUAGAUGUUUUAGGAUUUUAUUGUAGUAACUGCAAAUGUGUUGCUUUAUAAUAUUUAUUACUUAUGUAAUUUUUCUAGUUGUCAAAAAUGGGCUAGUAAGAGAAAUAUUGAAAUCAAUGUAAUAAAUUGUGACAGUAGCAACCAACAAUAAAAUUAUAGGUUUCGAUAUAUUUUUGUACAUUUACACACAAAACAAAAAUCUGCACAAUUUUCUACUAUUUAGAGGCUUGGAAAAAUCAAUGCCUAUAUUUUCUAAUUUUAUGAGUUCAAUAAAAAAUGUUAAACAUUUUGACUUACAUUUUCUCUGUAUAUUAGUAGUUUCUAUGAAGCUUAUCACUUUAUUAAAUUGUUUAGUUAAGACAUACUCUCACUGGCCUAUUUUGUAUGCAUUAUUAUGCUGUAAAUUGUGCAAAUUAGUUGUGGAAACUAGUAAGAAAUCAGUCAAAGGUUUUUUUAGUUUUCUAUGUUAUAUGUUUUUGGUUUGUUUAUUUCAAGACAAAUGUUAUUUUGUCUUUUAUCUACAAUUUGCUCAAGCCUUUAUGUACCAAAUUAAUACAUAAAUUUAUACAGAAUUUUUGUUAUGUUUUGUAUUAAAGUAUUUAUUGUGUUACUGUG